GGUUCACAUUAGACUUUAACAUUUAGAAGAAACGGCCAGGUGGCACCAUGCCCACAUCACAUGACAAUCCCAGCAGUGGAGACCCCACAGGCGCAUCACGAUAUCGAAAAAAAUAUUUUGCACGACAGUUUCUCCACCGCUGCCGUCGCCCUCACGAAGCUUUACCAGGAAUCCAGCAACGCCUACGAGGAUAGUUAUCGCGAUGCGUUGCUUUACGUUCACCACAACGUUUUGUUGACAUCACGCGCGUCCAACGGCAUGUUAAACAGCGGAGGGGGGUUCGUCUCCCCGGAUUCGACGGUGACUUCGCAGAAGUUGCUGAAUUUUAUUCAAAAAAUGUUGAAACUGCGUAAGGAGCGCGUUGCGUGUGCGCGCGGUACGGCGGAGGGGCGCUGUCGACCACGCGAUCACUCUUGGGUGGGGGAGAAGGACUCUCUCUCCCCCCUCUAUAGCCCCCGCUCAACCCAUGCCGACUUUUUCAGAAUCCCACACUCUUUUGAAUAG